AUGGCUCUAAAGCUUUAUAUGAGUAAAGCCUAUGAUCGGAUUGAAUGGGAGUUCAUGAAUAAAGUAAUGCUUAAAAUGGGUUUUGGGAGCAAAUGGGUGGACCAGGUAAUGCAGUGUGUUACCACUGUUAAUUACUCUCUUCUAAUCAAUGGUGUACCCCGAACCUACUUUGCUCCUUCUAGAGGAAUCAGACAAGGGGAUCCCUUAUCCCCAUAUUUAUUCAUUCUAUGUUCUGAAUUCUUAAGUUACAGUCUUAAUCAAGCUGAGUUGCAGGGACUCAUAUCAAGGGUCCCAGCUGCCCGAGGGGCUAUCCAUGUAAAUCAUCUUUUCUUUGCAGACAACAGCUUAGUCUUCUGCAGAUCUAACCCAACAAAAUGGGGUAAAGUGCAACAUGUACUGAGCAACUAUGAACAAGCAUCAGGGCAAAGGCUUAACCUUGACAAAUCCUCUAUCUUCUUCAACAGUAAUACCAAGGUUGAAACCCAGCAUGCCAUCCUACAGCUUGCAGGAAUUAAAGCUUCAGGAAAUUUUGACAAAUAUCUGGGCCUACCUUCUUAUGUGGGAAGAAGUAAAACCCAAGCCUUUAACUCAGUGCUGGAUAGGACCAAAGCUAAAUUGGCUAGUUGGAAAAUCAAUAUGCUCUCUCAGGCUGGGAAAGAAACUUUGCUGAAAGCUGUUCUGCAAUCUAUUCCCACGUAUAGUAUGGGAAUCUUCAAAUUCCCCAAGACCAUCCUUAAAAGGGUUAACCAGCUCUUACAAUCCUUUUGGUGGGGCAGAAAAGAGAAUAGUUCCAAAACUCAUUGGUUGAGCUGGCAAACACUAGGGAAAUCAAAACAAAAAGGUGGACUGGGUUUCAGGGAUUUUGAAUCUUUCAAUCUAGCACCAUUAGCUAAACAAGGUUGGAGGGUGAUCCAAAACCUCUCAUCUUUUGCUGCUCAAGUUCUUAAAGCUAAAUACUUUGCUAACUCAGAUUUCCUAUUACCCAUCUGUAGACCCAGUGACUCAUAUGUGUGGAAAAGCUUCAUCUCUGCAAGACCAGUUCUUAAAGAAGGUCUUAUGUGGAAAGUUGGAAAUGGGAGCAAGAUUCGAAUUUGGAAGGACAAGUGGAUUCCUUGUCUGUCAUCCUAUCAAGUGCAGUCACCUGUUAACAUACUGGAAGCAGAAGCAGUGGUUUCUGAACUCAUUGAUCCAGACUCUAUGCAGUGGGACCUUCCUCUUCUAUAUGCAAUUUUUUCUAAGUCUGAGGCAGGAUUGAUCAGCAAGAUCCCCAUUAGUCCUUGUAGGAGCAAUGACUUGUUGACCUGGAGGUGCUCAGCUAAUGGUAAGUUCUCUGUUAGGAGUGCCUAUCAUCUACAAGGCUCAAUUAAAGAGAACAAAGUGGGACAAACCUCAGACCAAACUUCAUCCUCAAGCUUCUGGAAUAAAGUGUGGGGCAUCAAGGCAACUCAAGCUACCAAAUCAUUCCUCUGGAGAGCAGCAACUGAGUCACUUGCCACAAAUCUCAACCUAUUCAAAAGAAAAAUGGUUGAGUCACCCCUUUGCCCAGUUUGUUUACUAAAGCCUGAGUCAAUCUCCCAUGCUCUAUGGUCCUGUAAUGCAGCCCAAGACGUGUGGUCAAUGAGCUCAAGAAGAAUUCAGAAGCUGAGCUCUCAUGCAAGAACAUUCAAGGAAAUCUUGAAGCCUAUCCUUUUCCAGUUCCUUCCAUUGGAGGUCAGUGAAGUGGCUAUCACGACAAAAGCAAUAUGGCACAGAAGAAAUACAUGGAUUUUUGAACAGCAGUUCCAAUCCCCUUCCCAAGUCUCCAAGCAGGUCAGUCAUCAGUUGCAUUCUAUAAAGGCCUGGCUAGAGGGUGAACCAAAACAACAAAAGUCUUCUAGGUCUCCAAACAACAUAUGGUCUGCACCCCCACCAAACGUUUUUAAAUCCAAUUGGGAUGCAGCCAUUGAUAAAGGCAAGUCAAAGCUGGGCAUUGGAGUGGCAGUUAGGGACUUAGAGGGACAGAUUGUUGCGACCCUAUGUUCAUCUCUGGACCUAGACCUUGAUCCAUUGCUAGAUGAAGCAGUAGCUGCUCGGAGAGCUACCUCAUUUUGUGCUGAACUGGGUCUGAGUGAUAUCAUCCUUGAAGGAGACUCUCUUGCAGUGGUAAAAGUUGUCCAACACAGAGAAGACAGUUGGAGUUCCAGUGGAGUAGUCCUAAGAGAUGUCAAACUCUUGCUUUCUAGGACAAGGCACUGGUCUAUCCAAUAUGUCCCUAGGGAAGUCAAUGUACUUGCUCAUCAUUUGGCUAAGUUUGGCCUUACUUGCUCAAAAGAGUGUAUUCUAAUUGAGGACUAUCCUCCUUGUAUUCAAGAUUCACAAGAUAAUCCAAAAUAA